GGUGCUCGUGCGGGUGACUGUAAAACCUGAAACUUGUAUCCUGUAUAAAAACUCACCUGGACCGCAAGCCAGGCUUUGGCGCCAAGAACCGAGGGUGUCUUCAAAAAGGAAAGGUACAAUCAAACGAACUUAGGAGCGGGGAUCGGCUGGGACGGUUCAUUUCAACGCAGUGACGUCAGGACAGAAAGUUACGGUGACAGGACGAUUUUGAAGAAAGAGGAGUGCCGUGGAGAAAGCAAUGGCUUCAGGAAGCCAUAGGAGUUCAGAGAGCACCGUGAGCCGGGCCAAUCGGGAUCAGCUUGUCCCAAAGAUAAACACAAGCAAGACAAUGGCCACCUUAGUGAACCUCCCUCGCCUCUUGGAAAUGCCCCCGCAGAUUAAGAAAAACUGUGGAGGCAAACGGGUAGACAUCACAGUUGAAAGAAUCAAAAGAGCGAAGAGCGUCAAAGAAAAACAAAGCAAUGAUUUCGAGAAAGUGGGCUUUAAACGGAAGGCAGAAGGGGAAGAAAAGCCCACCGGAAAGAAAGAGGCAAAGACAACCGAAUCUGACAACCAAUUAAUCAUCACGCCUCUGCCUCACAUCCCCUUAAAGAACAUAAUGGAUGUGGAAAUGAAGUUGGUCUACAUUGACGAAGAACAUGUGAGCUAUGAGUUUGCUGAGCCCUGCGUGUCCACGGGGAUCCAGCCAACCUGCCGCGCUGCUGAAAUAGUAGGCCCUUUGAGUGUACCUAAUUUCAGCCUUCCGCCUCAGAUGGACAAAUGGCUUCAGGUAGCCUUAAAGGAUGCCAGCGCCUGCUAUCGACAAAAGAAAUAUGGCGUUGCAGCAGGACAGUUCCGAACUGCACUUGAGCUUUGCAGCAAAGGAGCAGUUUUGGGCAAACCAUUUGAAGCAUCUGCAGGAGAUAUAGCCAGUGUGGCCAGUUUCAUUGAGACAAAGCUUGUUACCUGCUACCUGCGAAUGAGGAAGCCUGACCUUGCUCUGAAUCAUGCACACAGGAGCAUUGUUUUAAAUCCAGCCUAUUUCCGAAAUCAUCUUCGUCAGGCAACAGUGUUUAGAUGCCUGGAGAGAUAUUCAGAAGCUGCCAGGAGUGCCAUGAUCGCUGACUACAUGUUCUGGCUCUGUGGAGGAAGUGAGCAGUGUAUAAGCAAGCUCAUCAAACUGUAUUGGCAGGCCAUGAUUGAAGAAGCUAUCACCAGAGCUGAGUCUUUCUCGGUGAUGUACACACCAUUUGCAACAACAAUCAGAGAGGAUAAAAUAGAAAAAGUAAAAGAAGUUUUCACAAAAACGCACCCUGCGUAUAUGGAUUAUAUCUACACAGAUCUUCAAGGACCCCACGUCCUGCCCCAAACAACUGACUGGUCAUCUUUUCCUCCCCAACAGUAUCUCUUGACUCUUGGGUUCAAAAACAAAGAAGAUGGGAAAUUUUUGGAAAAAGUAUCAAAUAGGAAGCUGCCAACAUUUACAGAACAUAAAACUCCCUUCGGUCUGCUGACCCGAGAUGACGCCAUCAGACACAUGGAGACCAUGGGGAAGCGCAUCUUGCCAAUACUGGAUUUUAUUAGAAGCACCCAACUGAAUGGGAGUUUCCGGGCGUGCUCAGGUGUGAUGGAGAAGUUGCAAUACGCCAGCCUCCUCAGCCGGCUACAGAGAGUCAAGGAGCAGGCACAGGUGAUUAAUCAAGCCAUGGCAGAGCUGGCAACGAUCCCCUAUCUACAGGACAUCAGUCAACAGGAAGCAGAAAUGCUGCAGUCGGUAAUGGCAGAUGCUAUGGACACCCUUGAAGGAAGAAGAAGCGAUAAAGAACGUGUGUGGAAUACAGUCCAAAAGGUUGGGAGAAUUGAAGAUUUCCUAUACCAAUUAGAGGAUAGUUUCCUAAAAACUAAGAAACUGAGAACUGCUCGAAGACGGAAAACGAAAAUGAAGCGGCUUCAAACCAUGCAGCAGAGCUAGUCACUGGGGAGGCGCUACCUCGGCGAUGGCCCGGAGAAAGAAGCCAGGGCGUCCAGUCAGACAGACAGCCAGAUAACACAGACAAAUCACCACAUGCAAAAGUAGCUCUUCCUGGCUCCUUCUUAGCAAAGACUUGAGGAGUCUCAGCUGUCUGCAAUAAAUGCUCUCAACCUA